CUUCAUAACUCUUACGAGUACGAACUUGACUAAAAAUUUACUUUUGUUGAGUUCCAGUGAGUUGUUGCUUUAGGAAGAUGGAAGAAGAAAAAGUAAACGUUUUAUUUGGCUGUAUUGCUAUUUUCGGGGGAAUUUUGAUUAACUUGUCUUUCGGUUACUUCUACACUGUUGCUAAUAUGGUGCCCUACAUAAUGGGGUAUGUACAAACAUCAAUAGAUCCUCAUAUAUCCGAUCAAGCUUCCAUAUGGCUAUCAGCUAUUGCCUUAGCAGUUCAAGGGAUUUCAAUGCCAGUUGGUGGCAUAGUAGCUGAUAAAUUAGGAUUUAGAAUAGUGGUUGCAGUCAGCUGUCUUACAAUGAGUGGUGGAGUUCUUUUGACUUACUUUACAAUUCGAACAACUUAUGUUGGCGUGGUUAUAACUUAUGCAGUUUUAAUGGGGUCUGGUUUGGGACUUGGAUACUCAGUAGUAUUAACAGUUGCAGCUUCGUGGUUCCCAGUUCAUCGCGGCCUGAUUGUUGGAAUAGUGGCUGGCGGGUUCGGUCUCGGAGCACUGGUUUUCACACCAAUUCAAACAGCACUAAUCAAUCCCAAUAAUGUAAAGGUGAACAGUGUUACAAGACGAUUUAACGAUCCUGAUGUUUUGGACCGUUUACCGUCAGCAUUUCUCAUACUUGGUGGCAUUUUGCUGUCUAUUCAAGUUAUUGGAUUUGCAUUAUUACGUCCUAAACCUACUUCAAAACGCGUAAGUGGUUCAAACACAGGUAAUCCGAGUUGCAGCCCAAAGGCAUCAUCUUCACUUAAUGACAAAUCGAGCUUAUCUAGGGAAAUCAAUAUCAGUCCGAAACAAGUUUUUCGUUAUAUUGAUUUUUAUCUGUUAUGGUGCAUAAUGUUCUGUGAUAUUAUACCAAUCACUAUCAUUACUUCUGCGUACAAACUAUUUGGUCAAACAUUUAUUAGCGAUGACAGGUUUUUGUCAGCUGUGGCUACAGCUUCAUCGCUGUUCAACUGUGCAGGACGUAUUAUAUGGGGUGAGAUUGUUGAUCGCGUCUCGUUCAAGUUACCAAUGUGCACAAUGUUACUUACCUGGAGUGUAAUUCUGAUAACAUUUCCGCAUAUCUCUCUGUUGACUGGGACAACACUAAAAGUUUUCUAUACUAUAUGGGUACUACUCUUAUUUCUCACACUGAGCGGUACAUUUGUUAUUCAGCCUGCUGCAACUGGAACUCUGUUUGGUCCUGUUCAUAUGGCUGUCAAUUAUGGCUUAAUAUUUAGUGCAUUUGAUUCCAAGUUAGGGCUUGACUCGUGAUCCAGUUUGAUGAUUUCCGCAAUGGUUUGUUCUCCACUAUAACUGUAGGAAGCGUUUUAUGUGCAAUGGUAACGACAUUUGUGAGCUAUCAAAAUGCAUAUGUAGUUCAGUUUACUGGUUGUGGAUUCGUAUGCUUGUUUGGUAAGUAACACAGUCCAAAUUCGCUGUCGAAUAGUUUUAAUAAUAAAACCAUGAAGUGACAAGAUUCUCACAGGUGUUCAUCAAAAUUAGUGUUAGAGCUUAAACAUUACUGAUCUGUUUUCUUACUAAAAUACUUUUAGGGUAUGUUGUGAAAUUUAUCAGUACUGAGGUUUACCUAGAAAAUAUUCAAAAUAGGUAAAGACAAGCAGUUAUAACUUACAACAAAACAACUGAGUGAAUCUAAAGCUUUUCAAACAAGUAUGAUCCUAAUCUCACAUCCAUAACAAAGUGUACAUACUUAUUAUGUAUGAAUUCUAAUUAAAAAUAUUUCUCAAACACCAAAGCCCUGAAAAACUAGACUUCAGUGGAAUUUAGUAGGCGAAUUCUGAUAUAUCGUUAGAUAUAUUUUGAUAAAUUAUCAUGUAACUAAAUUGGAUAAUUAAUCAGGUUAGCAUAAAACCUGCGGUUGUAACAAUAAUUCACAUUACAGUUAGAGUAUCGGUACACUCAGGGAUUAACAAAAUCAAAGCCUAUUAACUAAUAAAAGAUCACGUUACUAAUUAACAUACAACCUUUUGUGACCUUAGUGUUCAGAUAACUGUCUUCCUGUAUUUCUGGAAUCAUUUAUUUAAAAUUCGUUUAAACCAUGAUUGUACAUGAUAUUCUAUUCCUCUCAGAUCAAGUUGGCUUAUAUGGUUUUUAUCAAUAAAUGGACUGAAAUAUCAUACGAUGUUACCUUGAAAUAUAACUUAAGCAUCAUAUGUCACAAAAUAUCACGUCCACGUUUCGAUGUAUCAGUAGUAGCUCAUAGAAUUCGCUUUCUAAGCAACAAAUAAGUGUAAUUUUUCUGUUAUUUAUUGCAAUAGCUUUAGAAAGGGUAAAAAUAUUCAUAAACAAACCGUUUAGUUGUUGGGAUUUAGAUACUAAGAAAAUGUGGAGUGAAAUUCAUUCUUGGGAAUAUUAUCCACUCAAUAGUUUUAAUAUAUGUAAUUAUUAGAUUUUAAUUAAGCUUGAACAUUUAUCUGAGAUGUAGUCUGUUAGCUUAAUUUAACAAGAGGUUUGUAAAUAAAUACCAAAAAUAGUCAUUUAAUUAUUUUUUCAUUGUUCAAGAAGAGGUUUACUAAUUUUUUGAUAAAUAAAAUUUUAAAUGAUCUAAAACAGGUAACUGCAGACAACCUGAAAAAUGUUCAAUGUAAUAAUCUGUUCCUAAAGAAUCUUGGAAAACCAUUUCCUGAGAUGUGAUCAACAAUCUUGUCUAGCUAUACUAAUCACCUGUCGUCAGGAGAGGAAAGAUUUUUUAAAUUUACGAGAUCAUUUUGUUUGAUGAUAAAUCCCAUGGAUGGAUUAAUUAUUACACGAUAAUUUCUUUCCACUCUUACCUAUUCGAUUCUACGGUACGACAUUACAGCUUUUAUGAGUAAAAAUAGCGUUACUUUAAAGUUUUGCCUUUCGUUAAAUGAUAUACGAAUAUUUUGAUAUGAUGAAGUAACUUGCUAGUCAUUUUACACGUUUAAUUUUGUAUUUUCUCUUCAUUGUUAAUAGCAUUCUUUCUUGCCUUAUGGAU